AUGGUAAUACCGGACAGAUUCUUUCAAAACAUGAGGGCUGCUCAAAUCACCAGUCUCUCCCAUGCAGGUAUCUCAUCACUUCCAUCCUCUUUAUUUCAUUUAAGCGAUCUUCGUGUGCUGAUUUUAAGAGGCUGCCGGGAGCUAUCAGAGCUGCCAUCCUCAACGGGGAAGUUCAAGAAACUUGAAGUGCUAGAUGUAUUGUAUUCUCGAAUUCGUAAUUUGCCGAAGGAGGUGGGUGAGUUGGGCAGUUUAAGGAAAUUAGGACUGAGGGAAACAAGGCUCAAAACAAUCCAAUUCGAAAUCUCCAAGUUACAUGAUUUGGGUGAUUUGGACAUGUUUAAAUGCACCAUUACAUGGGUUGAUCGCGAUAAUAUCGACAAAGGGUCCAGAUCGUUGGAUGUGACUUGUGGGGUGAGUUUGAAGGACAUCAUCAAUCUUGCAAGCUUGACAAGUCUGCAAAUAAUGGUUGAGAAAUUUGAAUCCAUUGAUGCGGAGAUCAUUGGAUGGUUGAGGAGAUUGAGAAGAUUCCAUUUGGUGAUUGGCCCGUCUUCUGGGGUCCGUGACUGCGAUGAUUUUCUUGAAGAGAAUUAUGACAAGGUGUUGGUUAUUUCAUUCUGCAAAUGCGAAUCUGUUGAUGACUUUGGCGCUUUGAGUGAUUUGGAAUGUCUGAUUAUCUUGACAUGCAGUAGGUUGACCACGAUUUCUUCGUUGGUGGGGCCCCAGAGUAGGUUGAGAGAUCUUAGAAUCGAAAACUGCAAUAAUGUAACGGAGAUGAUCGGAUGCCGAGAUGAUGGUCAACUGAAGAAGUUAGAGAAUUUAAGCCUGGUUUCAUUGCCGCUUCUAGAAGAAGAGCUAGAACUUGGAGAAAAUCUGCGGAGCAUUCGAAUCACUGGAUGCUCGAAACUUAAAAAUCUUUGGAAUUCUCUUAACAGAAAUCGAAGAGUGAAAGAUCUGUAUGUAGGAGACUGUGAAGGAACAGAGGCAUUGGGGGAGAAUCAGUUUGCGGAGUUGGAGAAGCUGAGCAUCUGUUGGCUACCACUAUUGAACAGCAUCGGUAUUUUCCAGAGUCUAAAAUCUCUACGUGUUUGGAGAUGCACAGAAUUGAAAAGCUUCCCAUUUGGAUUUCAAAGGCUCGAGAACUUGCAAGUACUUCAUGUGAGCGACAUGUGCAAUGUAGAGCAACUAAUAGAUUGCGAAUUCGAAGAAGGCAUUACAGUUCUACCAAGGCUAGGAGACUUGCAGCUUAUGAGAUUACAGAGUUUCACAAGUAUAUGGGAAGGGAAAUUAAGAGGUGGGUCUCUUGGGAAUUUAGGAGAGAUGACGGUCUCCAGCUGCCCAAAGCUGAAGGCUCUUUUCUCAUCUGGCUUUGUGAUACUUGGAAAACUGAAGAAAGUUUGUGUUGAUCACUGCGAUGAGCUAGAGAAGAUAGCUGAAGAGGCAGCAAUGGAAGAUGAAGGAAUUACAUUACAGAGAUUGGAGUUGGCAAAUGUUCCGAGACUUUCGAGUAUUUUUGCAGUGAAAUCAGGAGUCGGGGCUCUUGAAAAUCUUGUGGUUUUGUACUUGAGUCAUUGCUCAGAAUUGAAGGUUGUCAUUCCGCCUUCUUCACAUGGGCUGCUUCCAAAACUGAACCACAUCUAUGUAGGAGACUGUGAAUUGCAAGAUGGGUCUCUCAAGAGCUUGAAAUCGAUCGAUGUGGCGAAGUGCCCGGAAUUGAAGAACCUACUUUCAUCGGGUUUAGAUAAGCUUGAGAAGCUUCGCCUGAUUCGAGUAAACGACUGCGAUGGGUUGGAAACUAUAGUGGAGAAAAACCCAAUUGAGGCAUUUGCAUUGCCAGCUCUUCAGUCACUAUGUCUUUCGAAUUUGGGAGCAUUGAAGAUGCUUUGGAGGAACGGGAUGGAAAUGGGUUCUUUACGAAGCUUGCAGACAUUAAAGUUGGGCAAUUGUACAAGACUGGAAACUCUUUGGGAUGGAGAAUUGGAAGACGGAGUUCUAUCGAGCUUGAAAACCCUUAGCAUUUGGAAAUGCCCGGAACUAAAGAUCCUGAUCCCUAGUAAACUUCGGAAACUAGAGAAAUUAGAAGAGAUUCAGGUAAAUGAUUCUGGAAUUGAAAUGAUCACAAGAGAAACCUUGGAAGAGAAUGCUCUACAGAGUUUGAAGAAGAUAGAACUUCGAAGUCUAUCAAGAUUAGAAGUCCUGUGGGUGGAAGGAGAGCUUGGACCUGAUUCUUUGAAAGAUCUGAAAAGGGUGUUGUUGAGAGACUCUGAAUUGUUGAAAUCUCUCCCAUUUGGUUUGAUUAAGUGCCGGAAUUUGGACGCUUUAGUAGUAGAAAAUUGUGUGAGUAUAGGUACAGUCGUAAGCCAGACACAUGUAAAUGUAUUCCUGACGCUGGCCAGCAUGUGUCUUCGAACACUGCCAAAAGUGAAGGCGAUUUCAGAGAAGAAAAUGGGAGUUGGGUGUCUUGAAAACUUGGAAUACUUAAUUCUAACACGAAUUCAAGGCCUGAAGUCGCUUCCACCUGAUUUGCACAUGUUACAAAAGUUGAAGCAGCUAAAUGUGAGAGAAUGCAAUGAAAUGGAGGCCUUGAUCACAGGCGGGCCGUGGGAAGAAGACCUGCUACCUAGCUUAAUGCACUUAAAUAUCAAAGAUCUGCCAAAAUUGAAGAUCAUUUGGGAGGCGAUGCCAGGGACGGUUUCGAUGAAAAAUCUAAAAGGGUUCUAUGUGAAAGGAUGCAAAGUGCUGGAUAGUCUUCCGUACAGGCUGAUGAAACUCGAUAAGCUAGAACAGCUCCGUGUAAAGAACUGCGAUGAAAUGGAGACGGUAUUCCGAAUGGAAGGAGAAGAGACUGCAAUGCUGCCGAGCAUGAUUGAAGUGAAGCUGGAAAAAAUGCCGAGGUUAAGGAGAAUUUGGGAAGGAAGGGCUGAUUUGCCAAAAUUGAGUUAUGUGAGCGUGAUUGACUGUCCCAAGCUAAAGAAUAUAUAUUUUGCAAAGAAUUUAUCGAUUUUAGAAAGUAUCAGGGGAAGUAAAGAUUGGUGGGACACUCUAGAGUUGGAGGCUGAUGUGAGGUCGGAUCUACAGAAAUGUUUCAAACCAUGGCCGAUGGCGCAACCCAAAGUGCUAGACCGACGUUUCAUCCGCAGGCGCCCAUGCCGUGGACUCUCUUCCUGA